AUGAGUCAAGACAAAGAAACACAAAGCCCACAACAACCACCUAUCCAAAACGAAAAGCAUAGACAAUCUAUCAAGGAACGUGAAGAGAUUCAAGAGGCGGAACGCGUUGAGAUUGCUGAAGCCAUUUUCGUUCGGUGGAAGACACGAAAACUCAUGAAAGAAAGAGACAUCGAGUACCAAACCGCCAAAACGAAAGCUCAAAGCAAAUGGUCGAAAUUGUCUGACGAUAAAAUACAGAAAUUUUAUAGGAUUGCCACCAUCGAGUGCCAUCUUCUUAACGAGGAUGGGCUUUCCGGUAAAAAGAAGAUUGGUGACAUCUCAAAACGAAAAGAGGAGUAUCACCCUUAUCUUCUCUUUUGUAAAGAAAACAGAGAAAAAGUCAAAGAAGAGGGUUUUACUGGAAACGAAAUCAUGAAACACCUUUCGGAGUUAUGGAAAGAGAUGCCAGAAGACAAGAAGAAGAAAUACCAAGACCUUGCUCUCCAAAACAGGAACAAAAAUAAUAACACAAAUACCACUGAUCUUAAUUAA